AUGUACACACUAGAGAACAACUACAAAGGAAAGAUCUUCCACCGAGCGGGUGAUAUUUCUCGUAGAAAUUUCAUCGCGGAAAGCGGUACCGGCCUGCAAGAUUCGAGCUCCGGCGCAUUCGCAUCGCCCGAUACAAACUCAUCGGACGUCUUAUCCUUUAGGUCACGACGACUUCAAGCCGGACCCAUUUCAAUAGCCGUAAGCCGUUUCGAGAAAUGUAAAGGACCAAGAAGAAGAGAUUGCUCCGACGUGAAUCUUGAUUUGAACAACGGUAUCUUCAUCACGUACGAUCUCUUGGUCAAAUCAUACAUCAAACUCACAACUGGUCGGAUUGUUGCAACUUCAAACGGCAAAGAAAUGGUGAGAUUUCAGAUGAAGACGCCAUGCGAUCACUUUCUAGUUCAAUCUUUAUUCAAAAUUUAUUUAAAUUUAUCAAAAGAAUGUGCCGUUAAAAAGGGACAUUAUGUUUUCAAAGUAAACCUUCAAGACCUAUCGCAGAAGUACUUCGACGGAAAAUAUUUUUACGGGAACUGGACUUUUCGUUCAGUCUUCGCCGGCAGUGAAUGCAAUUUUAUGUGUACAAUUCUGGAAGUUUUAAUGUCACCGAAAAAGGUCUAGUCUAAGUAUAUAAAAAAAAUGUUUGAUUAAAAAUAUUUUCAAUGAGAUGAAAUGUUGUCACCAUUCAAUAAAUGAUUCGUUAAGCCACAAAUAUUUUUUUAAAAAUAAUUAUUAAUGAUUUUCUGAAAUAAAAUAGCUAAAAUUUACAGUACAUACUUCAAACUGUUUAAGAUUAAUUUUAUAACUACCACAAACAUUAUAUAAGUUUUGUUCCAGUCAUUAUUUGGAAUGCAAC